CUGCGGCGCCCGCUCCGACUAGGGGCUAGGCGGUCGGGGCAGCCGUGACUCCCUAAGGGGGAGGGACCGAUCGAUCGACGGGGUUUAUUCUCUGUGGUUUGCUAGUGGAGAAGCUGAGCGCGUCGUGCCAGGGUCCCCGGGCGGCGGGCAGCGGUUAACGACGGGGACCCCGGGGACUCCACGGUCUCAUCCACGCCCUCGGUGCUGGGCGACGGAGGCUGCCUGGCCCCAUUCUGGGGAGGAAACUGAGGCACAGGGGUCUCUUCCCUGUGCAGAGUGGACACAGCGGCAGGGGACCGGUGCUGGCCCUGCGGCACCCCUGGCCACCCCUGCGCUCCUGAACCUUGGGUGGGGAGGGCCACGGGCACUGCCCAAGAGCUCCCAAGGGCCUCCAGGACCUGGCCGGCUGCCAGCUGGUGCCAGCGACCAUGGACGUGAGGUGGCCUCCCAGCUCCCGCUCCCGCCCCCUGCUGGGGGUCUGCACCUUUAUCUCCCUGGCCAGCGCCGCCUUCCUGGGGCACGUCCUGCUCCGUGAUUUGGUGCUCCCCCAAGAGCAGCGUGGCUUCUCCCAAGUACCUGAGGAGCUUUAUCGUGCUCGCCAGCAGGGAUCCAGUGGCCCAGGCCCCCAGCCCACCCCGGGGCACCACGGCAGUCCCCGAGCAGCACCCACACAGUGCGAUGUGCCCCCCAACAGCCGCUUCGACUGUGCCCCCGACAAGGCCAUCACCCAAGAGCAGUGUGAGGCCCGGGGCUGUUGCUACCGGCCUGCAAGGCAGUGGCCUCGGGUCCCCCGGAUGGGGCAGCCCUGGUGCUUCUUCCCACCCAGCUACCCGAGUUACAAGCUGGAGAACCUGACCACCACAGAGACAGGCUACACGGCCACCCUGACCCGCAACACCCCAACCUUCUUCCCCAAGGACAUCCUGACCUUACGGCUGGACGUGCUGCUGGAGACGGAGAGCCGGCUUCACUUCACGAUCAAGGAUCCCGCCAACAGGCGCUACGAGGUGCCCCUGGAGACUCCGCGUGUCCUCAGCCGGGCCUCGUCCACACUCUACAGCGUGGAGUUCCAGGAAGAGCCUUUUGGGGUGGUCGUGCACCGGAAGCUGGACGGCCGGGUGCUGCUGAACACGACGGUGGCCCCCCUGUUCUUCGCCGACCAGUUUCUGCAGCUGUCCACCUCCCUGCCAUCACAGCACAUCACGGGCCUUGCCGAGCAUCUCGGCUCCCUGAUGCUCAGCACCAACUGGACCAAGAUCACCCUCUGGAACCGGGACAUCGCCCCCUCGCCCAACGUGAACCUGUAUGGGUCGCAUCCUUUCUACCUGGUGCUGGAGGACGGCGGGUCAGCUCACGGGGUCUUCCUGCUGAACAGCAACGCCAUGGAUGUGGUCCUGCAGCCGAGCCCGGCCCUCAGCUGGAGGUCGACAGGUGGGAUCCUGGACAUGUACAUCUUCCUGGGCCCUGAGCCCAAGAGCGUGGUGCAGCAGUACCUGGAAGUCGUGGGCUACCCGUUCAUGCCGCCGUACUGGGGCCUGGGCUUCCACCUCUGCCGCUGGGGCUACUCCUCCACCACCAUCACCCGCCAGGUGGUAGAGAACAUGACCAGGGCCCGCUUCCCCCUGGACACGCAGUGGAAUGACCUGGACUACAUGGACGCCAAGAGGGACUUCACCUUCAACAAGGACGGUUUCAGGGACUUCCCGGCCAUGGUGCAGGAUCUCCACCAGGACGGCCGGCGGUACGUGAUGAUCGUGGACCCCGCCAUCAGCAGCUCCAGCCCCCCCGGCAGCUACCGUCCCUAUGACGAGGGUCUGCGGAGGAGGGUUUUCAUCACCAACGAGACCGGGCAGCCUCUGAUUGGGAAGGUGUGGCCCGGAUUCACCGCCUUCCCCGACUUCACCAGCCCCGAGGCCCUGGACUGGUGGCAGGACAUGGUGUCUGAGUUCCACGCCCAGGUGCCCUUCGACGGCAUGUGGAUCGACAUGAACGAGCCCUCCAACUUCGUAAAGGGCUCUGUGGACGGCUGCCCCGACAAUGACCUGGAGAACCCGCCCUACGUGCCAGGGGUGGUUGGUGGGACCCUGCGGGCCGCCACCAUCUGUGCCUCCAGCCGCCAGUUCCUCUCCACGCACUACAACCUGCACAACGUGUACGGCCUGACGGAAGCCCUCGCCUCCCACAGGGCCCUCGUGAGGGCUCGGGGGACGCGCCCCUUUGUGAUCUCCCGCUCAACCUUCGCCGGCCACGGCCGAUACGCCGGCCACUGGACGGGGGAUGUGUGGAGCAGCUGGGAGCAGCUCUCGUACUCCGUGCCAGAAAUCCUGCUGUUCAACCUGCUGGGGGUGCCACUGGUCGGGGCUGACGUCUGUGGCUUCCUGGGCAGCACCUCGGAGGAACUGUGUGUCCGCUGGACCCAGCUGGGGGCGUUCUACCCGUUCAUGCGGAAUCACAACGACCUCAAAAGCCUGGUAGGGGCCGGCGGGGCCGGUGGGGGUCUGCCUUGGGGGUCCCUCCGCGGGCGCAGCAGCACGGCCUGGCGUCCGUACCAGCAGGCCGGGUCUCCCAGGGCAGAGGUGGGGGACCUCGGCGGCCCGAGGGCCAGGUGCUUCCCCCUUCGCCCCGCUGCCCCCUCUCCCUCUCCCCCGCUGCAGCCUCAGGAGCCGUACAGGUUCAGCGAGACCGCGCAGGAAGCCAUGCGGAAGGCCCUCAGCCUGCGCUACGCCUUGCUGCCCUACCUGUACCUGCUGUUCCACCGGGCCCACGUCCUGGGCGAGACCGUGGCCCGGCCCCUCUUCCUGGAGUUCCCCGAGGACCCCCGCACCUGGACCGUGGACCACCAGCUCCUGUGGGGGGCGGCUGUGCUCAUCACCCCCGUGCUUGAGGCUGGGAAGGUCCAAGUGACUGGCUACUUCCCUCCUGGCACAUGGUACAACCUGCAGACAGUGCCAGGAGAGGCCUUCGGCAGCCUCCCACCUCCACCUCGGGCUCCCUUCACGUCUGCCAUCCACAGCAAGGGGCAGUGGGUGACCCUGCCGGCCCCACUGGACACCAUCAACCUCCACCUCCGGGCUGGACACAUCAUCCCCCUGCAGGGCCCUGGCCUCACAACCACGGAGUCCCGGAAGCAGCCCAUGGCCCUGCUCGCAGCCCUGACCGCAAACAGGGAGGCCCAAGGGGAGCUAUUCUGGGAUGACGGGGAGAGCCUGGGGGUGCCAGAGCGCGGGGACUACACGAAGGUCAUCUUCCUGGCCAGGAAUAACACCAUCGUGAACGAGCUGGUGCAUGUGACUAGCGAGGGCGCCAGCCUGCAGCUGAGGAAGGUGACCAUCCUGGGGUUGGCCGUGGCCCCCAGCCAGGUCCUCUCUAAUGGCGUCCCUGUCUCCAACUUCACCUACAGCCCUGACACCAAGACCCUGGACAUCCCUGUCUCACUGAUGAUGGGAGAGCAGUUUCUCAUCAGUUGGUCGUAACCCGGGGCCAGUGGCGUGUUGACCCUUUACGGGAGGAGACGGAUUUCACCGUGGCCCCAGCACCUGUGAACUCUUGGUCAGGACGUGUGGGUGGCCUCAGGGCCAGAAGCCCAUGCCCCAUGUCUCAUGGCGCCGACCUCCCUCGAAUACCCAGAUCUGCAUAUGCGUCUACCUCCUGGGACCCGGGGAUCCCACGAGCUGUGGCCCCCAGGGUUGCCUUGCUUGUGCAAAAGGCUGUUCUGGAAGGUUUACCUCUCUGAAGCUUGUCACUGGAAUGUGUGUGAUGUCGUCCGCCACCAGCUGCCUGUCGGAGACGGCGGAGGUGUGCUCGGGAUGAGGCUGCCGUGCCUGCACCCUGAGGUCACGUCACGGGCUGCCCUGCUGCUCUGGCCACCGCAAAUUGCUUUCUGGGCAUCGCCCCCCGGCAGCAGGUGGGGCUGCCCUCCCGUCCCAUGAGAGCCGGCCUGGGGAACUCUGGAGGAUUCACGGGACCCAGGGAAGCCCUUGAUCUUAAGUGCAGUUAUUUUUAAUAAAAGGGGCAUUGCAAUCAA